AUGCUCCAAAUUAAUGGUGUCUUGGCGCUGGCUGUCACAGCAUUGCUAGUUUGCUGCGCCGCCGAACGACGACAGGACUCCGAGGGAAUCGAUGGAGAGUCGGUGGGCCGUUAUGAACAAAAAGAAGAAUACGAAGACUUUCUACGGUUCCUGUUCAAUUAUCAAAAUGGCAUUGACGAGAGGAACCUCGGUGGAAUUGGAGGAACUUCCUUGUUAGGAAGAAAUCUCGGUGGGAUAGGCGGUUCAUCUAUGCUUGGCAGAAACUUGGGAGGGAUUGGGGGUUCAUCAAUGUUAGGACGUAACUUGGGAGGCAUUGGCGGUUCUUCGAUGUUGGGGAGGAAUUUGGCUGGAAUCGGUGGUUCAUCUUUGCUCGGCAGAAAUUUAAAUGGCAUUGGCGGAUCUUCAUUAUUAGGUAGAGACACCGAAGGAGACAAAAGGUACACAAGAUUCGUGGAUUCUCUUGGGGGCGGUAAUUUUGUUCGUAAUUUGGAUUCAAUAGGAGGAGGGAAUUUCGUAAAAAAAAAUCUGGACAACAUCGGAGGGCCGAACCUAGUCAAAAAACAUUUGGACUCACUUGGUGGUGGCAACUUCGUCCGCGAGUUAGACUCUAUAGGAGGCGGUAAUUUAGUUUAA